CUUCCCUUGGGGCUUGGUCGCUCCUGCAAAGCUUCACUCCAAAAGUGCCCAUCAGCGACCAUCCGUUCGCUCCUGCACCUCCCUUAUCGCGGUGGAUUGGCCUCCUCUCCUCUAUCUUGUUGGCCGCCCAUCUCGACUCUCCAAACUCUCAGCUCCCUCCCUCGCACACGCCGUUCUCGAAUGGCGGCCACCUCCGGCCUCACGGCCACCGUCACCUCCCCUCCGGCCGCCCUUAGAGCCUCGCCUCCUCCCGUCCUCUUCCUCCGCCCCAUCUCUCGCUGCUCCAGGCUCCAUUCCCUCAAGGCCAAGGCAGCAGCAAAGGACCAGGACGAAAAGAAGCCCGAAGCUACCAAAAAGAAGGCGUACAGUCUUGUUUGCACUGCCUGCGAAGGGAACGGCGCAAUCGCAUGCACCCAAUGCAAGGGAGGUGGGGAGAAUUUGGAAGACCAUUUUGGUGGCCGAUUCAAAGCUGGAGGAUUAUGCUGGCUUUGCAGAGGAAAGCGUGAAAUUCUAUGUGGGAGCUGCAAUGGCGCUGGCUUCUUGGGUGGAUUUAUGAGCACUGCCGACGACACUUCCGAAUGAAAUGCUUAUGUUGUUAUUUUUUGCUUAUGUUGUAUUUGGCAAAUUUUGGGAGAUCUGUAACAUUUUUACUUGUAUCCCCCCCCCCCCCAAGGAAUGUGUCCCUUAGAAGUGGGACAUUUAUUGCAUUUAAUAAUUGUAUAAUUUUUUUAUUUGUGACAAAGUAUGUCACUAAGGCUCCUCGCAGAAAAUAUUCAUAUAUGACGUCAAACCCACCUUGGAAACC